AUGUCGGACAAGUCCGAGCUCCGCGUGACUGUCGUCUUUGGCAACCAGUCGACCGCUGUGUCCAUCGCAGCACACGACGCCCAAGCGCUGAAACGCCUCAAGACGACAAUCGCCGCAACGUUCGACUUGGCGCCCAACUUUCAGCGCUUAGUGCUUCGAGGCCGCGACGUCGAGACGUCCACUGUCCUCACGACUGGCUGCAAACUGCUAUUGCUGCGCAAUCGGUUGUUCUACGAGCACUCUGAGGCUGCAAAACAUAUCGAGACGUCCAGAACUUUCGCAAUCGCGACUUCAGCACCGCCUGUGGCUAUAAAAGAGACGUCUCCAGUCGUCGCGAGAGCUCUUAAACUCGAUGUGACCGAGCGGGACAAUGACGUUGUAGUGGUGCACGUGUUUAGGGGCAAGAGCCGCUAUGACGGGAUCUUUCCGUGCACGACCAGCAUAUUGGACGUGAAAGUAAAAGUGAGUGCAGUGCUGGGGCUGCCUUCGCCUCAAGCGUUGAGAUUACUGGUCAAGGGCAGAACUCCAGCAGACGACACAGUGCUAAAGGCUUUGGCGGGAGGCAAAACGACCAUGAAAGUCAUGGCGUUGCUGAGAGAGCAUCAGCACGUGACGAACGAGAAGAUGGAAGAGCUGAGGGAGCUGCUGAAUGAGCUCGUGGCGAGCCAGACAACACUGCAGCGACUUGAGAAGCAGAUUGCACGCAACUUUCUGGCGAGAGACGAGAGUUUGCUGCAUCUAUCGAGAGUUCUGGAUGACGGUCAACGCAUUGUUGGGAAUCUCGAAUUAGUGAAGCAGCACAUGCAAAAGUCAACGGCGACUGGACCUAUGGCGAGUAAAGAGACACUGACGGCGAUAGCGCAAGCAAUCCAAGAAGCUCAUACGCUCGCCGAACGAGCUCAAGGGCUGCUAGAAAAGCAUGCAGUGGUGUAA